AUGUCAACCCGUUUUCUCUCCUUUCUCCUCGCAGCUGCCGCUGCCGCCAACGUUGCUCAGGGUGCCCAGACCGUGACCGUCUGCAGCGCAGGCGAGUGUCUUACCGGCCAAUCCAACAUUACACGGCUGGGUGCGGUGCUUAGCUCGCAAUCAAACUCGUAUCUCCUCCUUCCAGGCCAAUACACGUCUUCUGUCCAGCCAGCAUCGCUCGAGCAGGCCCUCGUCUCUGCAACGUCUACAAUCACCUUUACGACUGGUUUCUCAAACUCUACGACUGCAACAACGCCCUCCCUCCCUCUUAAUGUCGCCCUUCAGCCCGGAUUACUCAACUACCCUUCAGACCUCUAUACCGGAGACCCGUCGUUUAUCGCUCUCCCACAAUCCGUCAAUGGAUCGCUUUCAUCUACCGGUCUCAGUCGUGGUUCCAUCAUCCUUGCCGCCAAUACAGUAGCAACCAUUGAAGCAACCAAUAAUGGCCCCAAGACUCCAUGGCAGGAUCCCUUCAACUUGUUUCUCUCCAAUCGGCGAGCUGCUCUCCGGCCUGCUCGUCCGCCGCCAUCUGUACCAUGGCCGGAACUUGCCAAUGCCCGACUGGCUUCACGGGCUCGAGCUGUGAGAGCUGCCAGGAAGGUUUCUUUGGUCCUCAGUGUCAGAAAUGUCCGUCUGGGUGCUCCGACUGCGAUGACGGAAUCAACGGCACUGGCGUCUGUCGCUCGCCAAAUCUACCCACGAAUGCACCCCAAAACUGCAAUUGCGCCAAUGGUGUGUGCGGAGGAACUGGCUCCACCGCGACGUGCACGUGCUCGCCCGGAUGGACGACGAGCGCCAAUAACAAUGGCACUCAGUGCGCCUCUUGCGCCUCUGGUUUCUUCAAGACGUCUGACGGAAACUGCCAAAAGUGCGGUUCUCGCUGUACACAAUGCAAGGAUGGCACGGGCGAGUGCACCCAAUGCGAUAAUGGACUCGUUCCCAGCAAUGGGCUCAAUCAAGUCUGUAUCGUCGCUGCAUCUCAAUGCCCAAGCGGCCAGUUUCCCAAUACGUCGUCGUCGACCGGAUGUUCGGCCUGCAAUACCGCAUGUGCGACGUGCAAUGGUCCUGCCGCCACCGACUGUGUCUCGUGCGCUUCUGGCACAUUCUUCAACAAUGGUCGCUGUGUUGCCAUCGCGUCUUCUCCAAGCUCGGGAGUCUGCACUGGAAGCGACUUGGUCGCCAACCCACUCACGGGUGUCUUCCCAGCCAGUCGACUUUUUCCCAAGUCAAAUGCACUGCCUGCUUGCCAGGCAAGGUUUUGACUGGAGGCAAAUGCGCGGAUUCUUGCCCAGCCGGAUCUUUUGCUUCGGACGGUGUCUGCACAACCUGCAGCUCGAGUUGCAAGACCUGCACGGGCAAGGCCGACUUUUCAAUCGCUGCGUCAAGACUUGCGCCAAGUCAGAGUACCUUGACUCUGCAAGUGGUUCCUGCAAGACCUGCGACUCUUCGUGCGCGAGUUGCUCUGGAGGUGGCGCUAGCUCCUGUCUCUCGUGUAACAGCAACAAGCAAGUCUUGAGAGCUGGCAAGUGCGUUGAUGUCAACUGUGGAAGCAACAGUGGCCCCACAUCUGGUCUCGGUGUCUGUCUCGCAGAGCUCGUUCAGGUUCCCAACAACCCGACCACUCCAACCAUCCCACCACUCGACCCCAACGCUCAGCAGCCGUCGUCUGGUGGCGGGCACAAGCUCACAUGGUGGCAGAUUCUGCUUAUCGUCCUUGGUGCAUUGCUCCUUCUCAUCCUCCUUUUGCUUCUCUGGCGUCGCCGUGCGCGUCAAAAGAGAGCCCAGGAGACGGAGCAGUUCAAGCGCAAUCUUAAGAAGCAAGGUCUCUGGAGCAAGCUGUGGCGUAAUCCAUUUGCCGCUUGGUGGGCUCGUCGCAGGUCUGCCGCUCUCGCUCGUCGUUCGCAAGACGUGGAACGCAUGUCGGACGCCAAAGACUGGAAGAGCAACAGCUCGAGUGCAGACCGUCGCACGGCCGUCGGUGUUCCAAAGAGCAUCUCGCGAGGCAGCUGGGUCACCAUGGGUCAGCACACGCAACGUCGUGGCUCGUUUGAGGGACGCUCGUACAUGAGCGGACCCAAUUUUGCCGGUCUUGGUGCUAUUCACGAGAAUCGACGAUACGGCGACGAUGCCUGGGAACGCGCUCACUCUACGUCCGGUCGCUCCUAUGAGCGUAGUAUCUCUGAUGGUCAGUCCCGACGCUACAAAGACGAGCCUCGGGGCGAGUCUCGCUACUGGGGUCAAGAGAUUGAGCAAGAGGAUGUCCGCUCCGAGAGGACAUAUGACCCCUACCAGUACCCUCGUCCAGACUCGCGAGGCUCUCGUGAUCGAGAGGACCUUGUGUCGAUCAUCAAGUCGGAGUACACUGAAGGAGACCGCUAUGAUGAUCGCCACUACAACCACCAGAGGAGCCAUACUCGCGACGACCGCAGCUACCGUGGAGAUUAUCCUCAAUCCGUCUCCACCCGCCAGACCCAGUCGCGCCACUAUCGUCGCGACGAGCCGCGUUCCUAUGGACGCGGAGGCGAGACACCAUCCGUGUACUCGCAAUCAACGGGUCAUCCGCCACUGCGACAGAUGCAAAUGCGUAUGCCUAUGCCACCCAUUUCAUUCCACCACGAAGAGCCGCCGAGAGACGCCGUUCUCUCCUCUCGAUUCAGCAUGUCGACUACCGCGGCUUCGAUGCACCCUCCAUCGAAAAUCCAGCGCAAGUCGCCUCCUGCAGAGCCCGUUCCUGAACUCAAGGAGCCACCGAGACAACUCACGGAUGCGGAGAUGUACAAAAUGUCCAAGUUGUUCCCCGAGUUGCUCAAGCUCGUGAGUCCGACCAAGAAGGAGCACUCGCCGCCUGCGGCACAUACCUCUCCAAAUCGGAAUCCCUUCCGGAUAUGA